AUGUCUUCCGCAACGCAGGAACUAACCCACAUCCGCAAAGUCGCCCUCAUCGGCGGCACCGGACAAGUCGGCUCCCACAUCCUCACCCACCUCCUCGGCGCGGGCAAACACCAAGUCACAGCUCUAACCCGACAUGCCAGCACCGCCACGCUUCCCACCAACCCCAACCUCGACGUCGUUAAGGUCGACUACGACAACGACGCAGCCCUCACUUCCGCCCUCUCAAACCACGACUUCCUCAUCAUAACCCUCUCCGCACGCGCCCCACCGACUCUCCAUCUCCGCAUCGUGUCCUGCGCCGCAGCUGCCAAAAUCCGCUGGAUCAUGCCUAACUACUUCGGCUACGGCAUCGGCGACCGCGCACUCAGUUGCAAGGCUGAACUACCCGCCAACUUCGAGCGUUUCAUUGAUGAUGUGAAGAGUACCCCAGGAGUCGAUUACACAGCGCUUUCUCGCAAUGGGGGAACCGUGGUUUGGCUUCCGGAUCCGCGAGAGGAGCGUGACGAUGUAUGGAGACGGGAUGAAGAAGGUUAA